AUGGCCACACUUGAGAAAGCGCAGCGGAUGUCAGAGCAAAGUGAUCUGGCGCUGCUGAGCGUGCGCAACGAGGUGGCGCGCGUGGCUGGGGCCGCGCAGGAUUUAGCACCCGAGGUUGAGCAGGCCUGUCGCCGCUUAGUCGGCGAGGAGGCACAAAUGCAGGCUGACAAGUGGGCGCAAGCCUUUCAGUAUCACAAGCAGGUGGCGAGUGAAGCCCUGACGACGGCCAUCGCAGAACCCCGCUCCGAGGUGAAGGCGCUUCGCCUCGCCCUGUCCGAACAGGAAGCUGCAAUGGCUGCCCGGUUUGAGCGCCUUGCAGGCGAUGUGCAGCGACAGGAUCGGGCCAUCAGCAGCCGCCUGAAGCACGAGAUAGAAGAGCUGACUGUGGGUGUGGAGGAGCGCAUGGCCGCUGCAUCGGCGGCCGCGCGGCAGGCGGUGCAGGAGCAGCGGCAGGAGGUCGUCAAGCAGCUGGACCCGAUCAUGGAGCGGUUGACGGAGGUGUCAGCCAACAUGCAGGCCAGUCGGCGAGCCGAGGCGGAGCUGGGCAGCCACUUCGAGCGGCUCCUGGUGACCACGGAGGAGCUGUGUGCCGGGCAAGAAGCCCUGUCAGUGCAAGGCGCAGAUACGGCACAAAGCCUGAACGAUCUCCGCGCGGAGAUUCGGACCGUGGGCAACUCCAGAGAUGUCGAAGUGAAGCAAGUUCCAUCGCCCCGGCGUGCCAGGAGGAUGCAAGAUGGCAGCCCCCCUCCGGCUCUGCGGUCGCACCUCCUCGCCGACCGACCCGCAGGCGCGCUCACCUUCUCCAUGGAGCCUGUUGUGAGCAGGAGCCCCGAGGAGCCCGUGUCCCAGGAGGCCGCACAGGCCUGCGCAAGGUCUCUGCAAUCUUCGCCUGACCGCCCUGGACCGGCGCUCUCCAGUGACCUCCCGAGCGCCUUCAGUCGUCUCGGGGAGCUACGCCGGCGCUUGGGCUCGCCAGCCCCGCAAGCGCAAGAGAUCCUUGAGCCGAUGGCAGGCAACGCCGUGGCUUCACGGUCGCUUGCCACGACCACGUAUGGGUGCGGCCGCCCGUGA